AUGUCUUUCCGAUACAAAAGUGUUGCUGUAAUUGGCGCAGGUAUCAGUGGCGUGGUAGCUGCAGCUCAUCUCCAAAAAGAGGGUGUCGAGGUCACUGUUUUUGAGCGAUCGAGUGCCGCAGGAGGCAUCUGGCUCUACGAUGAGCGAAAGCCCUUGGAGCCACCGUAUUCGGGAACCAAAGUGUCCAGAGCCGAUAGUGUUCAUGCGACCGAGGAGACGGAGGACACAGAGAGACUGCUUCAUGCGCCACCUGGUCCAUGUUAUGUGGGCCUCAAGAACAACAACUUUGACGCCGUAGUGAUUGCGUCCGGUCAUUACCACACACCAAGAGUUCCCGAUACGCCUGGACUGGCGGAAUGGAAGCGACGAUUUCCUGGUAGAGUGCAGCAUUCGAAAAGCUACCGAAGGCCCGAGAAUGCCCAAGAUAAGAACUAUCUACUUGUCGGUGCAAGUGUAUCCGCGACGGACAUUGCCCGCGAACUGAGCCCGUACGCAAACAAGAUCUUACAGAGCCAAAGAUAUGGCAAAUUUGAUCUACCUCCUAGCAUGCUUCCCGACAAUGCAUUCCGCAUCGAAGAGGUGGCAUCGUACGACGAACCACGCGCGAAGGCAUAUGCAUCAGCAUCACUGAACCCCGACGAAGCGAUUCCGGCAACCGUCACAUUGAAGUCAGGCGCAAAGAUCUGUGAUAUCCACCAUGUAAUACUUUGCACUGGCUACUAUCUCACCCUGCCUUUCCUACCACAGCUCACCUCAGACGAGACGCCAGUCGAGCAUGCCGACGACGCGGUUUUGGUGACGGAUGGUACACAAUUCCACAAUCUACACAAAGAUAUCUUCUACAUCAACGAUCCGACCCUGGCCUUCGUUGGAGUGCCUUUCUUCACGGCCACCUUCACGCUAUUCGAGUUUCAAGCUAUGGUUGUUGCAAAGGUGUUCUCAGGCCAGGCCAAGCUUCCCAACAAUGAUGUUAUGCGGUCGGAGUACUACGCACGCGUGAAGAGCAAAGGUUAUGGCAAGUCGUUUCAUAGUCUGCGAGAUCAAGAAGCGAGCUAUGUCAACGAGCUUAUGGACUGGGUCAAUGCUGAUCUACAAGAAGCCGGCAAAGAUAAGUUGCAUGGUCACACCGAGAAGUGGCAUCGCGCAAGGGCGCAGCAGCUUGAGAGGAUGAAGGCUUUUUUGGCUAAUCCUACAACCGAGAAGCGGUUUGAAGCGACGUGUGUAUGA